GAUUUUGUAAAAACAAAGAGGACGGUCACUAAAAACGAGAACAACGCGAUCGUUAAAAAAAAUAAAUAUAAAUAGUUUACACGGAUUCGUCGCUGUGAUUCUUCUGGAUUUCUGAUAUCCGCUGCGAUUUUCCCGUCUUUGUGGUUUGGACUCUCCUGAAACCGCUGGUUCUGGAUUUCUGAUAUCCGCUGCGAUUUUCCCGUCUUUGUGGUUUGGACUCUCCUGAAACCGCUGGUUCUGGAUUUCUGAUAUCCGCUGCGAUUUUCCUGUCUUUGUGGUUUGGACUCUCCUGAAACCGCUGCUUUCGUUGUCUACUGAAGAAUUUCAGUUAUCCACUACUUUUAAAUAUGAAUUAUUUAAACAUUUUCCGAGAGCUACCUAUAAUUGCGCAUUAUAGCUUGCCCAGAGAUGAGGUAAUUCAACUCGCUCAGAAAAUAGUAGAUAAUUAUAAAGAACAAACAUCUCUAGAUAUUUUGAAUUCGGGAUUCAUUAGAAUGUUGUCCUCAUUUCAAUGGGAUCAACUGAAUGAGCCCUAUUUCAUUUGUGUCAAUGAGCUCUAUUUACUAACUGUUAAGAAAAAGCCGUAUAAAGUUGCUUGCUUUGCAAUUAGUUCAUAUAAUGGGAAAUUUUUUCAAUUUUUAGCUUUAGACUUUAAGUUAAAGCAGACAGGGUCUAAUAUUAGUAAACUAUUUGAUGUCGUUCUGACAUAUCUCAAAGACGAACAAAAAACAGAUUUGCUCCUAGGAAUUGUUGUAGAUCAUAAUUAUAUGAAUUAUGUCUUGAAAAGGAAAGACAUUAUUUCUAUUUGGGACUUGAAGCAUUUGCUCAAAGUUCAAAUUUUGAGCAGGAAUGAUUACAUGAAAGAAUUGUAUCGCGAAAAGUUUCAUCGAAAUUCGUAUAAUACGAUUUUUGAUAAGGCGAUAGAAGAAAAUAGAAGAGACCCAUGUGCUAAGCACAAGGAUAUGAACAAGGAGCAAAUCGAGUCACUAAGAGAAUUAGUAAAAAAAUUCUUUAAUAUUAUGCCUUCUGCUCAAAUUUUUGAGCUAAAUUGCUGUAAUAAUGACGAUUUAGAACUCAUUGGGCAAAGGUGGAAGACUACAAUGCAAUUAUGGAAGGAGGAAAGGAUUCGUAAUGAUGAAUGGAAUGAUGAGACUGAGUUAGAGUUUACUAACGUAGCGUCAAUAGUUUUACCUCGCCUGUUGGCUAUUUUAGCAUACUUCGAAUCCAGAUUACCCAGUGAUUGAAAAGACAAUUUCUUUGGAAUAAAAGAAAUUUGUUCUUUGAAAUUAAAAAUCCCAUUAAUAAUGUUGUCCAACAUUGAAAUUAAAAAUCCCAUUAAUAAUGUUGUCCAACAUUGAAAUUAAAAAUCCCAUUAAUAAUGUUGUCCAACAUUGAACGUGGUAGAGUGGAGCUCAUAAUGAAAACGAAAUGAAAGAAUGAAUUUGAAAGUUGAGAAUGUUGUUGUUGUUGUUUGUGGCCGGAUAGGAAGUGGCCGGAUAGGAAAAGUAGUGGAUAAAUGAAAGCGCAGUUACAGUCGAGAUGUUCCACAAUGCCGGAGGAUGUGCAGCAACUGGUUCAGCAGAUCACAGAUAGCCCGUCUGGCCGUACUACUCCGUCAGAGGUUCCAGCAGGAGCAGUGGGACCAAAGCAGCGGUUCAAGAUGCCCCAAGCGAAGGACAUGCGAACGGAGCAGUCGCUGACCAAAACAGUGGAGUAUCUGCUCAAGGAUAUAAUCCUGGAUACUCGGAAGCCGUACAAUGUGGUCUACGACCGCCUACGAGCUGUGCGCCGGGAGAUUGUGAUCCAGAUGUUCGAUGCCCGCCAAACAAUUCCAUCAAGUUGCAGAAGUUUGCUGCAAAUUUUCACGCAUGCCUACAACAACAAACAGCUUACGGUGCCGGCUCCGUACUUUAGGAGCCUCCUGGCUCGACUGUUACACCGACGGCCUCCGCAUCAGCACCCAACGGCUCCCCUAGCAUGCCAAAGCUAAUCAUCGAUGAGGCUGUGUUCUGGCUGUGCAUUUACCACGGAUUUCAGAGAACAUUCCCGACCAGAGAUCAGUCAACACCUUCCCUUCAGAGAACUCAGUUCAAGUUCAAGUUACAGCCAUGCAUCAUCACCAGAAUCUCGGAGAAUUGACUUCCUGGACAAAAUGGGCAUGAGGUGUCCGUCAA